AUGAAUCGUGUUUUGGACGAAUUGGAAGCAGCAUCUUGCUUUGAUAAGAAUCAGUGCUACAUUCAGUUCUUCUCCAACGCCGCGGUCACUUUCGGCACAGCCAUAGCUGCUUUCUACCUGCCCGUCAUCAUCAUGAUGGUGCUGUAUUGGCAGAUAUCCCGCGCCAGCAAGAGCCGUGUCAAGAAGGACAACCGCAAGCCGUCGGGCGGCAACCACGAUGUAGCCUCGUCCAAUCAGAUCCGUGAAAACACGGCCAACAAACCCACCAACAACAACCUAACAGCUGAAGAAACAGAUCGAGGACAGACCCAGCUAACAGAUGACGCCGCCAACCAACACGAUGCCAAACUCCAGAACGGCAAAGCGCCAUCCACAGCGAGCGGAGAAGCGGAGGCGGAGGAGGGAGGACAAGUAAACUGCCUUCCCGCGGAGGAGAAAGAAACCUCCAAUGACUCCACCUCUGGCAGCGGUGCAGUAACCAAUCAAAAGGAUGAAGCAGCACCAUCCAAAGCCAACGACAACCAGGCUCCCGCACGACACCGCGCCAAAGCUGGAGGCUCCAAACUGACGUGCAUCAAGAUCAUCACCAAAUCGCCAAAGGGUGACUGUUACGCACCUUCAAAUGCAACGGUGGAGAUCGUCCCAGCAACUGAGAGGCAGAACCACGUGGCGAGGAAGAUCGUGAAAAUGACCAAGCAGCCACCCAAGAAGAAAAAAGCACCGCCCUCUCGGGAAAAGAAGGUGACGCGCACCAUCAUGGCCAUCCUGGUGGCGUUCGUGGCUACUUGGACGCCCUACAACGUGAUGGUCCUCAUCAACACCUUCUGCUCCAGCUGCAUUCCCAACACCGUGUGGACCAUCGGAUACUGGCUCUGCUACAUCAACAGCACGAUCAACCCCGCUUGCUACGCCCUCUGCAACAUCACCUUCAAAAAGACCUUCAAACACCUGCUGCUCUGCCAGUACAAGAACAUACGCUCGGCCCGAUGAGCAGCAACAAAAAGUGUAUGCAUGCGUUAUAUUUUACAUGUGUGUUCUGGUGACAAAGGUAUAUGUGUGGAUGUGUUUGUAUGUGUGGAAAGAUGCAGUAAAACAGCAAUUAUAAAAUGAAGAUUGACCCAUCAACACCCAUCAUAUACAAAGUUUUAAGAAUCCUCCAUCCUUGUAGUUUGGCGAAUUUGACACUGUCAGCUACAAGUAUUUGUACACAUUUCACCAUGUUUAAAAUCACAGAUUUCCCCUAAAAAUUUCGCAGAUGUGUGCGUCUGGGCAG